AUGCUACCACCCCAAGCCCCUACAAGCAGUAGUGAUUCCUCAAAGUUAUCAGAUAAUGCUCAGUCAACAACGUCUCCUGGAGGCACAGCAAAAGCCACGUAUUGCUGCGACUACUGCAGCCAAGAGUUCUCCUACGCAAGUAACUUAAGGAGACAUGUCAGACAUUUGCACGGCGAAGAAGCCUUGCAAAGCGUGAAGGACAGCCUUGCCCGGAACCGAAGCGAAAAAGGGCUGCUUGUGUGCGAUCUGUGCCCAGAGCAGGCUAUGAAUUUCGCCAACCUGUACGAUUUACGACAGCACCACAUUAAGGAACACGGUUUCAAGGAACAGUUGGAAAGCCUGGUGUUCGACACAAUGUCAGAAUUUUCUGUAUGGAAAGACAAUAUGGAAAGAGAGACAGGCAGCAGUUUUAAUGUGUCAACAGGAAAACGGCAAUGUACACAAGGAGCUGUUAAGCAUCAUUUUUAUUGUCACCGUUCUGGAAACUACAAGUGUGCUCCUGUAGAUCAGCGCAAGCGACGAAGGAAAACUCAAGGCACCUGCAAAAUAGGCAAACACUGCCUUGCAUCACUGCAAGCAAAAGAGAAGGAUGACAAGGUGUUUGUGACAUUUCAGAAGAAACAUUAUGGCCACCCUGAAAGCGACGUAGAACACCAGAGGCUAUCUAGCGUUGAGACUCAAGUACUCGCAGGCAAGCUUUUUGUUAUUGUUUGUAAUGCCCGGCACCAAAUUUGUAGUCUUAAAAAUGUGCUUGCCUUUCAUUGUUACUUGUAUUUUUAAUGA